AUGGGCCGGGGCAUAGGCGUCCUGCAGCUAUUUCAAACCCCAACAGACUGGGAUGGACCGAAUGACCCUGACAAUCCUCGAAACUUCACCUUCCGGCGUCGCGUGGCAUCAACAUUUGCAGUCACGUUCCUCGCGUUCGUAAGCACGCUGGCGGGCUCACUAUACAGUCCUGCCCAUGAAGCGGUUUCGCAGCGUUUCGGCGUUUCAGAGGAGGUCGCCAUCCUACCAUUGUCGCUAUACAAUUUUGGAAUGGCGUUUGGACCGCUCGUUGGAGCGCCAUUGAGCGAGACGUUUGGGAGGAAAGCGGUCUUCUUGACGACAUCGCCGAUUUUCGCCCUCUUUACGCUUGGGGCUGGCUUUUCGCAGAACCCGGCGUCGUUGAUCGUGUGCAGGUUCUUCGCUGGGGUGUUCGCCUCGCCGGCGCUCAGUAAUGCAUCGGCGACCAUCGUGGACUAUACGGCGGGGAGGUAUCGGGCCGUGCUGUUGGCGUUCUACUACUCCAUCCCCUUCUUCGGGGCAGUCUUCGCACCUCUCCUCGGCGGCUUCCUCGUCCAGACGAGAGGCUGGCGCUGGACGCAGUGGGUCACCCUCUUCUUUAUCCUGACCUUCUACAUCCCCAUCUUGUUCACGCGGGAGUCAUACAAGCGGACGAUCCUGGAGCGACGGGCCAGGAGGCUGAACAUCCAAGGCCCGCCGCCGCAGCCACGCCGCUCCCUCUCCACAACGAUCAAGCACUUCCUCACCACGAUCUUCCUGCGACCCGUGCACAUGCUGGUCACGGAGGUGAUCGUCACGAUCGUGUGUCUGUACAACGGCUUCCUCUUCGGCCUGAUGUACACCUUCGUGGUGGCCUCGCCGUGGGUGUUCCAACACUACUACGGCUUCGGGCUCACUGGGCAAUCGCUGUCCUUCAUCGGGCUGAUGGUCGGCACCGCGUCCGCUCCCGUGCCCCUCAUCCUCAUCGACGCAUAUGUAUACCAGCCGAGACUGAAGCGGUUCCGCGUCCACCACCCGCACACUGAGGAACCAUUCCCUCCCGAACAUCGACUUUACCCUAGCAUGACGGCCUCGUUCGUCAUCCCGGCGUGUCUCUUGGGGUUCGCCUGGACCGCCCACGCCCAAGUGCACUGGGCGGUCCCAAUCGCGUUUCAGGGCCUGGCAUUCACGGCUACCGUCAUGGUUUACUCGUCGAUGAACCUGUUCAUGGUGGACGCGUACGGGCCACUGUAUGGAGCCUCUGCUGCAGGAGCGGCGAUGCUGUCGAGGUACGGUCUGUCGGCCGCGUUCCCGCUGUUUGCACUCAAGUUUUACAAGGCGCUGGGCGUCGGGUGGGCGACGAGUAUUCUGGCGUUCGGCACGUUGAUCAUGGCGCCCAUGCCGUGGGUCUUCUGGCGGCAUGGCGAGCUGUUACGGUCGAAGACGAAGUAUGAGACUAGCACGUGA